UCGACAAACCAUCGUUCAUACGGCAUGGCCCCCACAAUGGCGCAUAUAGCCCGCGCGGCGGUCGCGCUUGUCGCCCGAGGCGAUCUCUCGCCCGAAAUCAAGGCAAAGAUCCCAGCAGAAGUCUGGCUCGAGAAGACAGCCGCUGAACGGAGACUCGGAACACCGAUAGAUGAGAGAAAAUUCGCUUUGUCGUUGCCCGCUAUGAUCGCGCCGCCAGGCGCAGAUCGAACGAUGACUGUGGAUGGACCGGAUCAAAUUUGGUUCUUGGUGGUCGGGAUAUUGUGCAUCGCGAUCCCGGGACUAUUUCUUUUAUUGAGAGUUUAUACGAAGAUGGCGGUCGUGAGGUCGCUGGAAAUUGCUGAUUGGUUCAUCUUUGUUUCUUUCCCCUUGAUCAUCGUGGAAGUCGCUCUCGGGUAUCAUAUGGUGAAAUGGGGAUCUGGUGUUCAUCAGUGGCAAGUGACGUUCGAUCAGCUGUUCCAUCAAUUAUAUUGGGCAAAUGUCGCGCAAAUUGUCUACUGCCCUCUCAGCUUCGCAGUGAAGAUGGCUAUCUUACUACAAUAUCUGCGUCUAUUUGCCCCCAGCAAGGCGGUAAACCAGACCAUGUGGUACGGGGCAUGGUUCAUGAUCAUAUCCUGCUCACUACUCUACACCGUUCUGUUCUUCUGGACAAUGUUUUACUGCAGCCCAAGGGAAGGCAUCUGGGACAAGUUUCUACCGAAUUUGAAAUGUCAUGAUGUGAAUGAGAUCACUCUCAUUCAAGGCGCUUUCAACAUGGCCUCCGAUGUCAUCAUUCUACUGCUUCCAACAACGGGGCUAUGGAAGUUGAAUGUGCCGCUUGGGCGCAAGAUCGCCGUAACCGUACUGUUCGCAACCGGAUUGCUUGCCUGCAUCGCAUCCGCCAUGCGCAUACUCUUCACCCUCAAAGUCGCGCCUAUCUACACCGAAGCCGACGUCGCCCACAACGCUCUAUUCAUUGGUCUAUGGACCGAAGCCGAGGUUUCACUAGGCUUCAUAGUAGCCUGCGCCCUCUGCCUCCCAAAACUGAUUCAAGCAAAAAGCCAACGCAUCAAACGCGCCGUAUCUAAAGCAUCAUCCCCAUUCGCCUCUUUACGUGGAACGGCCACCAAUUCCCGCUUAGUUUCAUGGAACAUGGGACUCAGAAAAGGCGCGAGAGUAGACUCCACAUCAUCGUUUGCCUCCCCCAGGGUGAAUGGUAAUGAACCAACUCACUCUGCACUCGACAGUAAUUACAGCGCGCCACGCCAACAAGAGCAAAACAGCGGAAGUUUAAACCCAAAUUCGUAUAGAUUCCCUCCAACUGCGGCUAGUAGCAUAUACUCGACGAGUCCACAGCCAGAUUUUGAAUACAGCCGAAAUACAAGUCCCGGGAGACCAUCUUCACUACACGUUCCGCGUCGGUCGUUGACGACGGAGUCAGAGUUAAGAGUGCGCUCGCCGACAUACCGACCGACGGCUAGCUCGCGUCCAGAGACACACGAGCAGUUUUAUCUUGAGAAUGAGAUGAAGGUGAAUAUAGCUGGUGCCAUUAGAGGGGUAGAAAACCCGUAUAGCGGACACUCGCAUAUGCGUUGA